UGUGAUGAUGAAGAAAUAAAUUGUCAGGGUGAUUAGUUGAUGUAUAUUUAAUCUGAAUACUGAGACAAGUCUAAUGAUUAGUACCCAAGUGAUGACAAAUCAGCCUACCCAUACAUUUACAUAUUUGAAUGUUCAACCUAGACCUUCAACAACAGCAACAGAGAGUGAAAAAACUUUGAUCUGUGGGGUAACAAUUAACUAAAUUGUUUCCUUUUUAUGAUCAAUUUUCUUCAUAGGCUGAGAGCUUGACUAAGCCAUAAAUAUUUUCCCAUCUUCUCAUUCAAAGUUUAGACUUCUAAGUAGAAGCUUCAAUUUUUUUUGGUCAUUGAUUGUUAAUCACAAUUAACUCUCUCCUUCUUCCUCUCCCUCUCUAUCUGUAUCUUUGUCUUCAUAAUUACCUCAAUCAUCAUCAUCAUAUUCACUUAUUCAAUUAAUGGAUCAUUUCUACAACAACAAGGAAUCUACAAUUGUUACUAUUGUUUACUCUUUGCUAGAGUUUGUUUUAAUUUCUCUUGUUUGUUACGCCAUUUUGGAUUCGCGUAUUUCUGUUAGAUUAAAUUUCUCUUCUUCAACUUAUUCAACAGGAAACAUUUAAUUCAAAUUAAUUUCUUGUGAUUAAAUCAAUUCCCAUUCUUAUCUUCACUCGUUUAAACCUUAACUCUAAGUGAACUUUUUUCUUCCAUUCCCUUAAGUUGAAAAACUCGAGGAUCCAUUGGGUUUCCUGGUCGAGAUUAAAUAAUCAUGACGAUCUCUCAGGAGAUCAACAGUUUCCAGGUACCUUAUCGUAAUGAUGCCUCACCCUAUGGACGUGAAGUUACCUUUGAUUGGAAGGUGAUUGAUUAUUGUGAUCAACAGAAAUUGUUACCUUAUCAAUGGACAAGAUCAGCAAAGUGUAUUCUUGUAGGUGAUGUUGGUGUUGGAAAAACAUCUCUACUUAAAAGAUCAUCUUGUGAUGAAUUUACCUUUGAACAUAAGGAUACCAUUGGUGUUGAUUUCGAGAUUCAAAAAUAUUCAAUUCUGGGCAAUCAAUUUGAUCUUCAAAUUUGGGAUACUGCUGGACAAGAGCGAUUCCGUUCAUUGGCCAGUUCCUAUUUUCGAGGGUCAAAUGUUGCCUUAAUUGUUUUCGAUUUAACUAAUGUCAAGUCAUUACUUAAUUCCCUAAAUUGGUCAAGGGAAGUGUUGAAAUGUACCAAGAAUCCGAUUAUAUUUCUCAUUGGCUCGAAAGCUGAUGCAAUUUCCCCUGCAGCUCGAGAGUUUAAUGAAUCGGAGGCAAUUAAAAUCGCCGAUAAAUUGAAAGCUGAAUACUGGUCAGUUUCCGCUCGAACAGGGGAAAAUGUGAUCCCAUUGUUUCACCGAAUCUCAUGUCUCACCUUUCAACAAAUUAUUCGUGAAAGAAUCGACGAGAUGGAAGCAAUUAAAACUCUACAACCAUUUAACAGCUCGCCAACGAUACCAAUUAAAUCAUCGAUACCAUUAAAACCGACAACGAGUAUUAUCACACUUAAUAAGAAAAAGAAAGUUUCAACAAUUAAAAACUGUCUUAAUAUCAGAAGAUUUUACAAACCUAAAUGAUACGAAAGUUAAUUGUUACCCAACAAUUAACCAGAAAACAAAAUGCCAAAGAGUCAAGACCAAAAAAAAGUAAACGCGAUUGAUUGGAAUUAGGAAAAGACUCAGAUUUUCAAUUGCAACCGAUACAAUCUCAUCUAAUUGUAAUUAAAACGAUCACAAACACCAUCAAAAGUAUAUUAGUUAAUUGCGAUGAUUUGGUUAUCGACGUGAUUAAACAUUAAUUGGUUUACUUUAAAUUCAUUUCUAUUUAUAAAUAUCAAUCUGUGAAUGGAAUUACUUUACAGAUUAUAUUUAUAUUUCCAUUGGAAUCAAAUUUAAUUCCUUGAUUCAACUGAACACCUUUCUCUUAAUUGUAUAACCUAAUUUUAGAAUUUAAUUAUUAAUUGUUAAUAAUUGUAAUGUAUUCUCAUACCUAAUUGAUGUAAUAAUAAUAUAAUUAUUGAGUAAUUACAAAUGAUGGGUGAAUUAAGUUGACAACUUUGUUGUUUUGCUCUCAAAUUGUUCAAAACUAAAAUCAAUUAGAUUGCCCAACUUGAUUAAACAAUUACCCUUAGAGACAAUAUAAUUGUUCAUUAACUAAUCAAGUAAUCAGAUUUUUAUAUCAACAAUUAAACUGUAAAUAUUGUAUGAUAAGAGAAAAACAAGUUUCUUGAUCAUUAAUGUUUUCCAAACAAUCAAAACUAAUUGUUUCACAAUUGAAUCUUCCAUAGGUUCAAAGUCAUUAUAAUAAAUCAUUUGUAUCAUUAAA